AUGCAUCUCUACCACUUUACACUCGUCAAACCGGGAAGUAUUAACCAGGCGAUCAGUGGUUGUUUUUCUGGUAAAAAGUAUGAUAUUUUAACGGAAAAGCACUACAGACCAACAGAGAUUGUGAUGGCCAAAGGAAAUAUUCUAGAGUUGUAUGAAUGCGAGGAAAAUGGAAAUCUUAAAUGUUUAAUAUCACAAGAUGUCUUUGGAGUAAUUAGAUCCAUCACAUCUUUCAAGUUUAGUAAUACUGUAGAGAAGGAUUAUAUUGCCAUUGGAUCCGAUUCAGGAAGUAUUGUUAUUUUGGAGGUCAAUAGCAACUUGAACAAAUUUACACAAAUUCAUCACGAGACAUACGGAAAGACUGGCUGCAGAAGAAUUGUUCCAGGACAAUAUUUGGCUGCUGAUCCAAAGGGUAGGGCUUUGAUGAUUGGAGCAGUUGAAAAACAAAAAUUUGUCUAUGUUUUGAAUAUGGAUGGGGACCAUUUGACAAUAUCAUCACCAUUGGAAGGUCACUCACAAAAUACUCUAGUUUAUUCUAUGGUAGGCUUGGAUGUAGGGUUUGACAAUCCUGCCUUUGCUUGUAUUGAAGUUAAUUAUGAAGGUGCUGAUGAAUCUGAUGUAGCUUAUCAAUCUUUGAAAAAGAUGCUUACUAUUUAUGAAUUGGAUCUAGGAAAAAACACUAUAGUUAAAAAAUCAUCAGAAGAAAUUGACAGAUCAGCAAAUUUAUUGAUUCAAAUACCAGAACCAUUGGGGGGUGUGUUGGUUUGUUCUGAAAAUUAUAUUACAUAUAAGAAAGAAGGUCAAGAUGAUGUAAGAUCUCCUAUUCCAAGAAGAAGUGGCAUGCCACAAGAAAGAGGGCUUAUGAUCAUCAAUUCUAAUCUCAAAGUCAAAAAAGGAGGUGAUAUUUUCCUUCUUGCUCAAAAUGAAUUGGGUGAUCUCUAUAGAGUUUCAUUUAACAAGGAUGGCAAUAGAGUAAGCAGUGUAUCACUCCAAUACUUUGAUACUAUUCCUGUUUCCAACUCAUUCUUGGCAUUGAAAAAUGGAAAUUUGUUUUGUGCCUCUGAAUUUGGUGAUCACAAGUGUUACAAAAUUACAAAGAUUGAACCAAAUGAAUAUCCAGAAACUUAUGAGUCUAUUGGAAGUGAAACCUUCCCAACAUUUACUCCACCAAUGAAUAGAUUUGAGGCAUUAAUGAGCGAUAAUGAUCAACCAUCAACAACAAAUGUCACAUGCCUUGAACUUGUCAAUGAAAUUAAGAGUUUAGCUCCAGUUACUGAUAUGAAAGUUACAGAUUUAAUGGGAGAAGGAACUCCACAGAUUUAUUGUCUUAAUGGUAGAGGACCAACCUCCUCAUUGAGAUCUUUGAGAUAUGGUUUACCUGUAAAUGAAGAAGUUGCUGCUCCUUUGGAUCAACAAGCAACAGCCAUAUUUACAGUCAAAGAAUCGAUGAAUGACACAUUUGACAAGUAUAUCAUUCUUUCAUUUUCCGAGUUCACAAUGGUACUUUCUGUUGGUGAAAAUGUUGCAGAAGUGACUGAAUCUGGUUUUUUGACUACAACAAAGACUAUUUAUGCUUCAAAUAUUGGAGAAUCUGGAGAGUUUGUACAAGUACAUCCAAAGGGUAUCAGACAUAUUCACCCUGAUAGAGUUAACGAAUGGAACUCUGGUAACAAGAUAAUUGAAAAAGCUGCCGUUAAUGGUUAUCAAAUUGUUGUAUCGUUGAGUGGAGGAGAAAUUAUUUAUUUUGAAUAUGACACUAGUUCUGGAAAUUUGAUUGAAACCGAAAGAAAUGACUUGUCACAAGAUGUAGCCUGUUUAGCAUUGAGCCCUAUUCAAGAUGGUCGUACCAGAGGUCGUUUCUUGGCAGUAGGAUUUUAUGACAAGACUGUAAGAUUAAUAUCCUUGGGAGAAUAUGAUAUGAUGUCAAUUUUAUCAAGACAAGCCCUACCUGCUGAUCCUGAAUCUCUUAGCUUGAUUGAGCUUCAAAGUGGCCACUCAAGAGAUGAAACCAGUCUUUACUUAAAUAUUGGUUUGAGUAAUGGUAUUCUAUUAAGAUCAACUGUGGACUCCUCUACAGGAGAAUUGUCAGAUACAAGAUCUAGGUUUUUAGGUACAAAGGGCGUUAAAUUAAGAAAUGUUAAAGUUCGUGGAGACAAUGCAAUUCUUGCCCUUUCCAGCAAACCUUGGCUUGGUAAUAGUAUUAAUGGAAAGAUUGAAAUGACACCUCUUUCUUAUCCAGCCCUUAAUAGCGCAUGCAAUUUUUCAUCAGAGCAAAUUAGGGAUGGACUAGUCUCUAUCACUGCAGAACAUUUGAGAAUUAUUACCAUUUCUUCACUUCUAGACAAGUUUACUCCAGAAAUUAUUCCUCUCAAUUAUACACCAAGAAAAUUUGUAGUACACGAUGAAACUUCACACAUGAUUAUUUUGCAAACUGAUCACAACGUUUCAAAGGAAAAUUCAACUGAUAGACCUGACUAUAUCAAAGUAGACGAAAGUCAAAAGGAUCCUUCUCUCUCCAAAGAUGUAGAAUAUGGAGCUAUUAAAACCAAGCCAAAAUCUAAUCUUUGGGCUUCAUACAUCAGAGUUUACUCACCAAAAAAGCAAGCAAAUUUGGACGAAUUUGAAAUUGAAGACAAUGAGGCUGCUUUUAGUAUUACAACUUGUAAAUUUUCCACUUCCUUGUCUGGGGCAAAAUCAAAUGAGAGCCUCAUUAUUGUUGGUACAGCUAAAAACAUGAAGUUAUACCCUACUAGAACAUGUGAUUGUGGUUACAUUAAUGUAUUCCAAAUAAGCGAAGAUGGAAAGUUGCAAUUAAUUCACAAGACAGAAGUUGAGGAUGUUCCAUACGCACUUCAUGCAUUCCGUGGCAGACUAUUGGUCGGUGUAAAGAACAUGUUGAGAAUUUAUGAUUUGGGUAAGAAGAAAUUACUGAGAAAAUGUGAAAAUAAGUCAUUCCCUAAUUUCAUUACCUCCAUUGCAGUAGAUGGAAAUAGAAUUUUCGUUGGUGAUAUUACUGAAUCUUUCCAUUUUGUCAAAUUUAAUUCUUCAGAAAACUCUCUGACAAUAUUUGCUGACAAUACAACACCAAGAUGGCUCACCGCCUCUGCACUUGUUGAUCACAAUACUAUUGCAGGUGGUGACAAGUUUGGAAACUUUUUCAUAUCCAGAUUACCAAGUGAUGUUUCUGAUGAGCUAGAAGAUUCAAGCACUGGUAAAGAAAAAUGGAUUUGGGAAAGAGGAUUAUUGAACGGAGCACCCCAAAAAGCAACUGAAAUUGUCAAGUUUUAUGUUGGCUCCAUGAUAACAAGUAUUUACAAAACAAGUCUUAUUGCUGGUGGACCGUCCAUUCUUAUUUACACAACCAUUACUGGUGCAGUUGGAGUAUUCUUCCCAUUUACAUCAAAGAAGGAUAUCGAAUUCUUUACUCAACUCGAAAUGCACCUGAGAGAGAAAAAUCCACCAUUGUGUGGAAGAGACCACCUUGCUUACCGUUCCUAUUACUUCCCUGUUAAGAGUGUUGUUGAUGGUGAUUUAAUUGAACAAUUCAACGAUGUCGACUUGCAAACAAAAACUAAAAUUUCAGAAGACCUGCAAAGAACCAUCAACGAAAUUGCUAAAAAGAUUGAAGAUAUGAAGAACCAAACUGGUUUGUAA